AUGAGCGACGAAGAUCCGGUAUGUUGCGGUUCAGGCUGUACGAGCUGUGUACUGGAUGUGAAACCCACAAAGCAUACGUUUCCUGCCGAUGUUACGAACGUUUUCGAUCGAACGUACAAACAAUUCCUGUGUGAAACAAUUACUCAAGCUGCGGCGAAUGUAUUCCGGUUCCGAUUUCGUUAUGAUCCAAAGUUUGCUAACGACCGAGAGUGUCUGAUUGUACCUCCGGGAUGUCAUUUAAUGCUACGUACGCUUAGAACUUCAUGCCACAAUUGGGGCCUGGGUGCUGGAAAUAAUCUGUUACAAGCCUGGCGUGAAAAGAAUUCCGUGCAGAUCGACAAAGAAUGCAUCACGUUAGCAUCAAAGCAACCGAUACAAAAGUACGAUAAAAGCGAAGAUGACAUAUAUUUCAGCCGCCCUUACACACCGAUUUCAUUCGACCAAGAGAAGGGCACAUUCGAUGUGCUGGUAAAGCUGGAUCCCGGCGGUCUAAUGAGCAGCUAUCUCGUAACCCUCACGGUUGGAUCGCGCACCGAGUGGAAGGGAGUUUAUGGAGAUUUUCUGUGGAAACGCAAUCAAUAUCGUAACGUUGUGGCAUUCGUGCAAGGUGUUGCCAUAGCACCGAUCUACAGCACGCUGAGAGCGAUUCUAGACGAUGACGAAGAUGAGACUCGCUUGAUGCUAUGCGCAUGCUUCCGGGACCUCCCGAAUGUGCUACUUCGCGAAGAACUACACUCACUAGCCGGAUUCUGGAACUUCAAAUAUAGCAUCUUCCUUUCCAGGCGUACCUGUGCAUGUCUGGCCAAGGAGCAAAACUGUGGCUGCCUAGCAAUGCGAUUGAGAUACAAUGAACCGAUCUACGAUCGACGAUUAGAGGUGGAAGAAAUCGAACGACUACUGGAGCGCCCAUUUUCGGAUGGGAAACAAUCACUGCUCGUAUUGCUGUGCGGUACGGAACCGUUUAAAGCGUUUAUCAAGUCUAGUCUACAGAGGAUGGAAAUAGAAAAUUGUUACACUUUUUAG